AUGUCGUUCGCACCCGCACUACGCGGUGUUGGCUCGAUGCGAGGCGUGCGUGCCUCGAUCGCCGCGCCCGCAAGGUACCCUGCUCGCCCUCUUUCAUCCAUCCCCUCUGACACAACCUCCAGGCGGGGUCUUUCGACCACUGCCUACCCCCGACAAGCGUCCCCAAGAAAUACACUCGAAGACCUCGCUGGCCUCAACAAGAUCUCGUCACGGAUCACGUCUCCGAAAUCCCAGGGCGCUUCCCAAGCCAUGCUCUACGCCACUGGCAUGUCCGAAACAGAUCUUCAAAGACCACAGGUGGGCAUCUCAUCGGUAUGGUUCUCGGGGAAUCCCUGCAACAUGCACUUGAUGGAUCUCUCGAACCUGGUCAAGAAGGGUGUGACCGAUGCUGGCCUUGCGCCCAUGCAGUUCAAUACCAUCGGUGUUUCGGACGGCAUCAGUAUGGGAACAACGGGAAUGCGCUACUCGCUGCAGUCCCGUGAGGUUAUUGCCGAUUCGAUUGAGACUGUCAUGCAAGGCCAGUGGUACGAUGCCAACAUCUCGCUCCCGGGCUGCGACAAGAAUAUGCCGGGUGUCAUGAUUGCCAUGGGUCGUCUGAACCGCCCCAGCAUCAUGGUCUACGGCGGGAGCAUCGCACCCGGAUGUGCCUCGACCCAGAACAAUGCCGACAUUGACAUUGUCAGUGCGUUCCAAGCCUAUGGCCAAUUCCUAAGUGGCGAGAUCAACGAGGAGCAGCGUUUUGAUGUUAUUCGCAACGCCUGCCCGGGCUCAGGAGCAUGCGGAGGCAUGUACACCGCCAACACCAUGGCGAGCGCCAUUGAAACUCUCGGCAUGACACUGCCCGGCUCCUCAUCUUACCCUGCAGAAUCCAAAGCCAAGCAACUUGAAUGCCUCGCAGCGGGCGGCGCGGUCAAGAACCUGCUCAAGCUCGAUCUGAAACCGCGUGACAUUAUGACGCGUGCCGCCUUUGAGGAUGCCAUGACACUUGUCAUGGUUACAGGCGGUAGCACCAACGCCGUGCUGCAUCUCAUUGCCAUGGCUGAUGCGGCGGGAGUUAAGCUCACCAUCGACGACUUCCAGAAGGUCAGCGACCGCACACCCUACCUAUGCGACCUGAAGCCGAGCGGCAAGUACGUGUUCCAGGACCUCCACCUCAUCGGCGGCAUCCCCAGUCUGCUCAAAUACCUGGUCGCCGAGGGCCUGAUCAAGGGCGAACACAUGACCGUCACAGGACAAACACUCAAGCAAAACGUCGAAAAGGCGGCAGAUUUCCCCAAGGACCAGAAGGUCGUGAUGCCGCCAACGAAGCCCAUCAAAGAAACAGGCCAUCUGUGCGUGCUACGCGGAUCACUGGCCCCUGGUGGCUCCGUGGGCAAGAUCACCGGCAAGGAAGGCAUGCGCUUCCAAGGCAAAGCCGCAGUCUUUGACUCGGAGCCGGACUUCAUCGAGGCCAUGGAGCAAGGCGGCGCCAUCGAGCGCAUGAAGGGCCAGAAAACAGUCGUCGUGAUCCGCUACGAGGGCCCCAAGGGCGGGCCCGGCAUGCCGGAGAUGCUGAAGCCCAGCUCCCUCAUCAUGGGCGCCGGGCUCGGCCACGACGUCGCACUCAUCACCGACGGCCGCUUCAGCGGCGGCAGCCACGGGUUCCUCAUCGGCCACGUCGUUCCCGAGGCGCUGGAGGGCGGUCCCAUCGGUUUGGUCAAGGAUGGGGAUGAGAUCCUCAUCGAUGCGGAGAAUCGCGUCAUGGAAUUGGAGGUGGAUGAGGCGGAGCUGCAGAAGAGGCGCACGGAGUGGGAGGCGAAUCGGCCGAGGCCGAGGGUCGAGAGGGGCACGCUGGGCAAGUAUGCUAGAUUGGUGCGUGAUGCGAGUCAUGGCGCUGUUACGGAUGCUGUUGCGUGA